AGGUGAUUCGUUCGAGGGUUUUCUUUUUUUUUUUUUGGGUUUCCCAAGCGAAUUCAGAAUAGAUCGACAAAAGAAAGGAGGAGAGUGGUCGCUUGAGCUCAGAUCCGAGUUUAGUAACCAACACUAAGUCCGAUUCCGAAAUCAAAUCAAUUCAUCAGUGAAAUCAGAUCAGAUCUGAGUAUCUGACUCUCUAAAAGUUUAGUGUUUUGAGUUAGUAAUGAGGAGGAGAGGGUCGGAAUUCCGGAGGUCGGGGAGGAGGAAGAUGUCGAAUGUGGUGUGGUGGCUUCUCUGUGGGGUUGUGGUUUUGCUCUUCAUCCUCAUUCUCUCCAAGGCUGGUCAGAUUGAGCCAAGGCCCUCUAUUCCCAAGCGGCGUUUCCGUCAUGACAAGUUCGUGGAGGGCAUGAACAUGACUGAGGAAAUGCUUAGCCCGACCUCCGUUGCUCGCCAAGUUAACGACCAGAUUGCUCUCGCCAAGGCCUUUGUUGUCAUCGCCAAAGAAAGCAAAAACCUUCAGUUCGCUUGGGACCUUAGCGCCCAGAUCCGUCAAUCCCAGCUUCUUCUCUCCACUGCUGCCACCUCCAGACGACCUCUCACCCUGCUUGACUCCGAGCCUACCAUCCGUGACAUGGCCGUCUUGCUCUACCAAGCCCAGCAGCUUCACUACGACAGCGCCACCAUGAUCAUGAGGCUCAAGGCCACUUCUCACUCCCUCCAAGAGCAGGUUAGCUCCCUCAACGACAAGAGCUCCAAGUAUGGCCAGAUUGCUGCCGAGGAAGUGCCCAAGAGUCUUUACUGCCUCGGCGUUCGCCUCACUACCGAGUGGUUUCAGAACUCCGACUUACAGACAAGGCUCAGGGACACUAGCCAUGUACUCACUGACAACAGUCUCUACCACUUCUGUGUCUUCUCCGAUAACAUCAUUGCCACCUCCGUUGUGGUCAAUUCCACUGCUCUCAACUCCAAGUCCCCCGAGAAAGUCGUCUUUCAUCUUGUCACUAACGAGAUCAACUACGCUGCUAUGAAGGCCUGGUUCUCCCUCAACGCGGACAACCUCCGAGGAGUCACUGUCGACGUUCAGAAAUUUGAGGAUUUCAAAUGGCUUAAUGCUUCCUAUGUUCCUGUCCUCAAGCAGCUGCAGGACUCUGACACGCAGAGCUACUAUUUCUCUGGCCACAACGACGAUGGACGCACGCCAAUCAAAUUCAGAAACCCCAAGUACCUCUCGAUGCUCAACCAUCUCAGGUUCUACAUCCCUCAAGUGUUUCCUGCGCUCAAGAAAGUGGUCUUUCUUGAUGAUGACGUUGUUGUUCAGAAGGACCUUUCCGCUCUCUUCUCGAUCGAUCUCAACAGGAAUGUGAACGGCGCUGUUGAGACAUGCAUGGAGACUUUCCACCGUUACCACAAGUACUUGAACUAUUCCCAUCCUCUGAUCCGCUCCCACUUCGAUCCAGAUGCGUGUGGGUGGGCGUUUGGGAUGAACGUCUUUGAUUUAGUUGAGUGGAGGAAGAGGAAUGUCACCGGCAUAUACCACUACUGGCAAGAAAAGAACGUGGACCGGACCUUAUGGAAACUUGGGACACUGCCUCCAGGUCUUCUGACAUUUUACGGGCUAACAGAGGCACUAGAGGCAUCGUGGCAUAUCCUGGGACUGGGAUACACCAAUGUGGAUGCUCGUGUCAUUGAGAAGGGAGCUGUUCUUCACUUCAAUGGCAACUUAAAGCCGUGGUUGAAGAUCGGGAUUGAGAAGUACAAACCUUUGUGGGAGAAAUACGUUGAUUACAGUCACCCUUUUAUGCAACAAUGCAAUUUUCAGUGAUAAAUCGUAGAGUUCAUAGUUUUACUUCCUCUUCUAGACAGCCGGCCAUGUCUUUUCCACAUUUUGGUUACAGAGACUAGAGUUUUGUAUGCUCAAGCACCAAAUCACUUAUUGUAUGUUGUGAAUGUGAUAUUCAGAUUCAAUGAA